UGUUUGAAUUUUAAGACAGUUCUCAAUUAUAACAACUCAAUUCAGGUUAAACUGAUUUGCUUAUCUUGUUGUUGUAUUUGCUAUUCCUCUUCUCAAAGAUAAUUUAUGCGUGGAUGACUCACAACACCGGGGGAGACCGGGAGUUUUCAGCUUUGCCGACACCGACAACUUUUCUCCUACCUCUCUGUUUUCAGAACAUUACUUUCUGUAAAUUCUAGCCCCAGCGUCAUAUUGUAGCGUUUCGAAAUGGGCUCCGUAGAUCCCGAAGCUCAUGACUUUAUCGUCCCUGUUAAAGCAGUAAAUUCUAAUGAUGAUAUGGGUCCUUGGCAGAAGUCAGAAGCAUAUGAGGAAUACGUGGGAUUUAUAAAUGCUCUCAACAUGGCUGUCAAAAACAAAUCAAACAAAUCAUCCUGUAGUAUGUCAGGAGUUGUAUCAACAAUGCUCGAACUCCUUGAAAAACUGGAUCUCUGGAUUGAUCAGACUCCGCCUGUUGAUCAACCCCAAAGAUUUGGCAACCAGGCGUUUGCUCAGUGGUUAAAGAAAGUAACGGAGGGAGCUGACAGUUUACUGGCUGAAGCAUUACCUGCCAAGUACCAGAGAGCAAUUCCUGAACUUGUGGUGUACUUGGUGAAUGGCUUUGGUAAUGGCACACGCAUUGACUAUGGCACUGGUCAUGAAAUGGCCUUCCUUAUGCUCCUGUGCUGUCUUUUCAAGAUAGGGGCUCUGACUCAAACUGAUAAAAUAGCUGCUGUUAAUAAGAUUUUUGCAAGGUACCUUGCACUUGUUCGGAAACUUCAAAUCACUUAUCGCAUGGAACCUGCUGGCAGUCAUGGGGUCUGGAGUCUGGAUGAUUAUCAAUUUGUGCCAUUUAUUUGGGGCAGCUCACAACUAAUGGGACAGGGGCACAUAGAGCCAAAAAUGUUUCUUGAAAAGGAGUGUGUUGAAAGUUAUUCAGAAGAAUAUAUGUUUAUUGGUUGUAUUGAAUUCAUAAAUAAGGUAAAAACAGGCCAGUUUGCUGAACAUUCUAAUCAGUUGUGGAAUAUAAGUGCUGUCCCAACAUGGACAAAAAUAAAUUCUGGCCUUCUGAAAAUGUACAAAGCCGAGGUUUUAGCAAAGUUUCCAGUCAUUCAGCAUGUUUUCUUUGGUUCUCUUCUUCCUUUUAAACCUGCCCAGCCAAAGGCACCCCUGCAUACAUUGCACAGGCCUCCACCAUUUGCUAUUCCUGCUGCUGUUGCCAAGGAAGAAGAUUCUGAAGACUCAAAGACUCCUACCGCUAAUACUCCUGAAUGAAUCUGUUUCAUUUCUUAGGCUAUUCAAGGAAUGGUAAGAGCAGGGGCGUGAUUUUUUUGGAGGGUACUAUUUUUCACUAAACUGAAACUAGUAAUUUUCAUUGCCUGCCCAAUCACCCCUAGCUGUUAAUUUAACUGUGAUAAAUAAAAAUAAUGUAAGACUCCUUUAGUCAAAGUUCCAAAUUCUCUUCAUCUUUGUGUUUAUAAAGAUUAAUGAUUUCAACAACAUAGGAUGUCAUCUCACUUCUUAUUUGUAUCUUGUCAACAGACAAUAGUCUCAUUUUUAAAUCCUCUGAUUCAUGUAUUUAAAUUUUUCAACUUUAAAACCAUCUUGUAUAUUUUCUUGCUUCCUGAAUACCUCUUAAAUCAGUAUUACAAGCGUAAAUGAAUUUUAAAUUAUUUUUAAAGUUGAAGAUUUUUCAGUUCAGUGUGUCUUUGUGUAGCACAAAUUUUCAAAUGCAUUUGUUUAUUGUUUAAAAUGUGUCCAUUUUUUGUUUGUUUGUUUGAUUGAUGUAACAAUACAAUAUACAUUGGAAGGAAGUCA